AUGGAUGAAUCCUUCAAUACCCGCCAAACCACUCCUCCAAAUCCACCACCAAACACCAAUUUGCCAACAGUCGUUCCUCACGACCCAACGCAACCCACCAGUCCUUAUUUUAUUGGCAGCAGCGAUGGUUCAGGUGCCAUGCUCAUCACACACACCUUGGACUACAGCAACUAUUACUCUUGGGCUAGAUCCAUGAAGAGGGCUUUGCGGAUCAAGAACAAACUUGGAUUCAUUGAUGGUACCAUUUGUGAACCUUCUGACCCCAAUGAUCCUCUAAUGGAACAUUGGCUGAGGUGCAAUGAUAUCGUGAUAACAUGGAUGCAUAACACAAUGACGGUUGAUAUCAAAUCCAGCAUCACAUAUGCAGAAACUGCGCAUCAACUUUGGUUGGAACUAGAGCAACGUUUUGCUCAGCAAAAUGCUCCUAGAAUUUUUGAGGUAAAGCAAGGCAUCACAAACCUCAAGCAAGAUCAAGACUCAGUAAGCAUUUAUUUUUCUAAAUUUAAAACCUUACUUGAUGAAUUACUCAACUAUGAAUCAAUUCCUAAUUGUACCUGUGGAGGGUUAAGAGUUGUAGUUCAGAACCAGCAAAGAGAUUGUGUAAUGAAGUUCUUGAUGGGGCUCAAUGAUACGUACAAAGCUAUUAAAGCACAGAUACUGCUAAUCAAACCCUUUCCCAGCUUGAAUGAGGUUUACUCCAUUAUCCAACAAGAGGAAAAACGAAGGGAAAUCUCUACAAACAACCUUGGCAGUGACUCUAUAGCUUUGGUGAGCAAAGGAAAUUUUGGCAAACAAUCUGCUGGGCAACAAAGGAAGGAUAGGUAUUAUUGUACCUUUUGUAAAAUACCAGGACACUCUCUGGAGAGAUGCUUCAAAGCAAAUCUGAACAAACCCACAUGUGCUCAUUGCCAAAUGUCAGGCCAUACAGCAGAUAAAUGCUACAGAUUGCAUGGAUACCCAGCAGGAUACAAAGGACAAAAGAAGAACAGACCUGCCAUAAAUCUGUCAAAUGUGAAUGCAGUUGUUGGUCCUGAGCAGGGGGUUCUAAAAGAAAAAUCUCAAAUAUCAUUGACACCAGAGCAGUAUAAUCAACUUCUGGCUCUCCUCAAACCUAUCUCAAGCAACCAAGCUUUCAUUCCCUCGUCAAAUCAUGCCAUGGUCACACCUUCAUCCUCAGAUACAAAUAACCACAAAAUUUCUGGUAUAUCUCUAUGUUUUUCUAUUUUUACUUCCAAAUCCAACAAUGUCUCAGAAAUCCCUUGGAUUAUUGACAAUGGAGCAACAAACCAUAUGAUCUGCUCCAAGUCCUUAUUUCACUCCAUCCAAAACACCAUUUCCUCCUCCGUAGCUCUACCAAAUGGUCAGAUAGUGCCUGUUACUCAUAUAGGAACACCUAAGGUCACCAAGAAUCUUAUAUUGCACAAUGCUCUUUGCGUUCCCAAUUUUUCCUUUAAUCUGAUUUCAGCAAAGAAAAUGACUCAAGAACUAAAUUGUUGCCUUGUUUUCUUUUUUGAUUGCUGUUAUAUUCAGGACCUUUUGACUUGGACAACGAUUGGCAUAGGUAAAGUGAAGCAAGGACUCUAUCAUAUGCUGCAAAAGGAAGUCUCUCCUUCAACCUUAUCUGAUGCUCUAUCCAAACAUAACCUCAAAACUGGCUUUUCAGCUUCUGUCAGCAACAACAGUGAAUCCUUUGACCUCUGGCACUAUAGAUUAAGCCAUUCUUCUUACUCUUAA